GUUAAUUUCAAUUAUUUAUAUUUACUUUAUUAUCACACAGUCAAAGCUAUCACAACUUCGCAUUGCACAAAGUCGAUUCGUUCCUCCUACUCUUAAACACGUUCAGUUUCCGCGAGUCGAAGCUAUACAUGACUACAGUUUCCAGAAAUUCUCAGCACGUGAGUGUAACGGCGGUCGAAUAUGUGCAGUUUACAACGAAUUCGUUCAUAUUUUAGAGUAUUUGAACCCUCGGAAAGGGUUAAGGAUUGUUGAACGGUGACAAAAAUAAGUGCCAUACGAUUUCUGAUAAUUAAACGUGGUGCUAGCGUUCAUUUGUGCACUCUUGUAGCCAGAUACCUGUUAAAAUGUCAUCAGAAGUACUGAAACCUGUGCGAUCGCAGCCUAGAAUUAGGAAAAUAAGUACUAUAAGCAGGACGGAAAGUGAAGUAGCAUGCGAAGAAGCAGCCCGACUAACAGCUGAACAGGAAGAGGGAGACUACGAUGGAAUAUCUUACUGCGACUACCACGACCUACCCCAGCCUCCUGAUGGUGGCUAUGGGUGGGUUAUUGUUUUUGCCUCGUUCAUGUGUAACAUGAUCGUCGACGGUAUUGCAUACACCUUCGGCAUAUUCCUAUCUGACAUAGUCGUAUAUUAUGGUGAGACGAAAGGUAAAACAGCAUGGGUUGGUUCCAUGUUGUCGGGGACGUAUUUGGCCUGUGGUCCCCUAGUGAGUGCCCUAACGAAUAAGUUCGGUUGUCGAGCGGUGUGCAUCGCAGGCAGUUUGAUCUCCACCGCUUCUUUUGCUCUCUGCAUAUUCAGUCCAACGGUUAAUUGGCUAAUGUUAAUUUACGGAUUCUUCGGUGGCAUAGGUUUUGGCUUGAUAUAUCUGCCAGCAGUAGUAUGCGUAGGCUACUAUUUUGAAACGAAGAGAUCACUGGCUACUGGCAUUGCUGUAUGCGGUUCUGGUGUUGGUACCUUCGCUUUUGCCCCAUUGGCCACUAUGCUGUUAGAGUCAUAUGGCUGGAAGGGUGCUAAUCUCAUUCUUGCUGGUCUCAUUCUUAAUUGCGUAAUUUUCGGUGCUUUAAUGAGACCUCUGGAAUACCCCAAAGAAACGUACGACAAACCUCUACUACAAAGAAUGGCGGAAGAGAGGCGAAUCCAGAUGGAGCGAGGAAGUAUAGGAGGAUCAUAUUUUAUGGUACAAUUGCCUGAUGGUACCAUGGAGAAAAGACUGAAACAACCCAUUAAUAUCGAUCCAGGUGUUCACUCAAGCUUGAAUCUCGAUCAAUUAGCACCUGGAACUCCGAUCACUCCCAUCCCCACUGUUCCUACAUUACCCACAAUAGCCGAGGUAAAAGUCACCGACCACAGUGAAAGUUCAAACAGCCCCAGUCCGAAGGAGAGCAACAAUGAAAUAAGAACAAAGAAAAAUUCGAGGAUCGAGGAGAUAAGGACCCAGGAGAAAAGGAGGGAUUCUAGCGACGCCGAAAUAAAUUCAUCGAAAAUGCCUAGGAACGCCAGUCAGCCAGCUUUUACAACCCAUGUAUCUCUGCCUAAAAAUGGAUCUGUCCCAACUUUCGACAGGAUGAGGAAGACCUCAGUUGGAGAGAGAUUCAAACCGAACUUGGCUCCUAUAAAAUCGAACUCUAGAAGUAGCAUGAACUCCAACGGGGACAUGAGGAGGCUCAGAAAUAACUCAGCGGCUUCUUUCCUCAGCAGAAACAACAAUAGCGAAGUUGACGUAGAAAGUUUGGUGCACAAUUCCAGGCUGUCUUUGUCUAGAGAAAAAAGCAAUAUGGUCCGACCACUUUCGAGAAAAGACAUCUUCUAUUCCAGAUCAGUAGUCAAUCUUCCUGAAUUUCAAACUCAGAAAUCCCUAACGAACUACAGGCAGAGUAUAAUGAGCAUUCCAAGACCUAGAACUGGGAUGUCAGAAGGUGAUCCGGCUGACUUAUGUCCUUGCUUAGCCUUGCCUGAGAGUUUCAAGUCUGCCUUGUCUCAGAUGAUGGAUGUCAGUUUGCUCAAAGAUCCAGUGUUCACUUGUAUAGGAAUAUCAAAUUUCUUCGGUAUGGCAGGGCUGUACGUUCCAUUCGUCUAUCUGGUUGACUGCGCAAAAGAAAAUGGUAUUGAUCCGAGCCAAGCUUCUUUUUUGAUAUCGAUUAUUGGAAUAACAAACACAAUUGGUCGUGUUGCCUGUGGUUACUUCGCUGAUUUUCCUCAAGUGGAUGCUCUGUUUGUAAAUAAUAUAUGCCUGAUAAUAUCCACAAUUUCCGUUGCACUGGUACCUCUUUGUACAACUUAUUAUGCUUAUGUGGCCGUCGCAAUUUUCUUUGGAAUAGCAGUUUCUGGCUAUAUUUCUCUAACCUCAAUCAUAUUGGUUGACUUAUUAGGGCUCGACAAAUUGACUAAUGCUUUUGGUUUGCUGAUACUUUUCCGUGGUGCAGCCGCUAUCGUCGGUUCUCCAUUGGCUGGUGCCUUAUUAGAUGCAACCAAAGGUUACGAAGUGCCAUUUUAUGUUGCCGGUGGACUUUUCGCAAUAUCAGCUGUAACUAGUUUUAUUGCACCGUGUCUGAAACGCUUUGUUCCUGAAGAUUCGCAACAGGUGGAUGAAGGUGAUGUGCUGAUGCCAAUUGAUGAGGAUGAUGAAGAAGAUGAGCCAAUAACAAUGGCAAGAACUGGAAGGGAAAAUAGCGUGCCCAUGCCGAGAAUCGUGGAAACUGCUUCAAGUCCAGUAAGUCCGGAUCAAAAAGAGAUAAAGCAAAUCGAAUCAGUUUUGUAAUUUUCAUGGCCAGUAACGAAACUUAAGGCCCUUGGCUAAUUUUCUCCAUAUGCUCAUUAGCACUGAAUAUUAAGAUUUACUCAUUUGCCCCUGUACAUAAUUUUCAGUAGUCUGUGAAAAAGUUAUUUAAAUUUUUUCUAUUCUUUUAUGACAUUUUUCGUCAUACCAUGUGGAAACAUGUAGUUACUUACAUUAAUUUUAUGCGUCUUUUAUUGUAUGAACUAAUAUAUUCUGUUUUAUGUGAUUAAUACAGUAUUUGAACAUCUUAAGUGGCAAACGAAUUAUAAUUUAAAUUAUAUAACUGUUAGACAAGUUUCCAUUAAUGUGAGUCGAUGAUUUGAGAGUGGAAUUGUCAGAGAAAUUGCAGUUGGUGUAGUAGGAAUUGUGAAGCGAAUAAAAUAUAUGAAAUUUGUUAAAAAAUUUAAAUAUUACAAAAAUAUAUCUGUAUUACCAUGAUAGUACUAAAAUUACAUUCUGAAAAUGAAUUUACAUUGUUUGUUUUUGAUUGAUACUUAUUUAGAAUUUGUUAUUUACUAGGGUUGAUGGUCAAUGAUUAUUCAGGAACUUUUUUUUUUGGAGAAAUUAAAAAAUCAAGAAUAAAUCUCUAGACAUAUGCCAUUUUUAAUUCGAGGGCAAUAUUCCAAUGAUUUAAUUUUUGGACGAUAAUAGAAAUGAUGACGCAAUUAAUUAUUGAAACAAGAUUUUUUCUCAUAUAACAUGCAUUCAAAAAAAUUUUAAACGCAUGUUAUUUUGGACACUCAAACAAUUCACCCAAUGUGCAUAUACUCUAAAGAAUAUAUUUCUCUGGAAAUUUGGUUUAAGGUUGAGUUGCAGUGGAAAGAAUUAUUAAAUUUUUAAUUUCAGACACAGCAGAUAUUUUCAAGCAAAAAAAUUUUGAGAAAAAUUAUUUUUGAUUUGAAAAUUCAAAUUCAACCUUUCAAUAACUUGGUGAAAAAAUCAUUGAAUCUUUGAUAGUUGCAGGUAGGGCCAUAUUGACAUUUUAAUCAUCCAAGAUAUAGAUCUAGAAUAACUUGUUCUUAAAAUAUUCAGAGUACAUUUACCUGUUCAAAUUAAAAUUCUUAAAUUAUUUUUUUUAAGUGAUUCAUCUAUAUGUCAUAGUGCUUGAACUGGUGUGAUAAUAAUUUUAUAUAUGUUAAGUAGAUGUUACCUUCUUUAUUUUUUAUUUUAUUCUGAAGAGGUACUUAUAAUUACAUGUUAAUAAAAAAUACUGUAAAUAAAAUACGCGAAGACAUCUGAA